AUGGAAAACAACCCUGCCAACGACCACAACUCUGGUCUGGAGGAAGGAACACCGCUGAAGAACAUGGAUGAUCCCCUCACACAGCUCGAACAAGAAGCCGAACGCCAACGCGAAGCUGAGCGAGAUCUCCGACGAGAAACAAGACAGCGUCGAGAGCUGGAAGACAAACUCUCAAAGCUCGAAGCUGAUCUCAAAGCUAAAACUGCUUGGACCAACCGCGAAGUCAGCCCCCACAAGGACCAAGACCUGUUCACAAAGGAGAUCAUGAAAGCUAAAGUCCCAAAAGACUUCAAAGCCCCUGACAUGACCCCAUACGACGGUACGUCUGAUCUGAGCCAUCAUGUCAGCAAUUACAGAAGUCAGAUGUAUCUCACGGAUGCCUUAGAUGCAAUCCGUUGCAAAGCCUUCCCGACUACCUUGAUCAAGACGGUAAUAAAGUGGUUCGACAGCUUGCUGCCAAGGUCGAUAACAAGCUUCGAUGACCUUGCCAAGAAAUUCUUAGCUAGAUUCUCCAUCCAGAAAGACAAAACCAAGCACGCUCCAAGCCUGCUAGGGAUUCUAAAAGGAUAUUGGGAAAGCCUCUGCAGCUACAUGGAGAAAUUCAACAAAGCAUGCCUUGACAUACAGAACCUUUCUACAGAAGCAGCGAUUAUGGGACUCAUCAAUGGUCUACGAGAAGGACCCUUUAGUCACUCCAUGUCCAAAAAACACCCCACGUCCUUGAACAAGGUACAAGAACGGGCAGAAAAAUACAUCAAUAUGGAGGAGAACUCCCGAUUAAGAGAAACAUCGAAGACCAAAUUCUCCUACCUAUCUCGGGACAAGGAUAAAGAGUCCAGAAAAAAAGAAGACCAACUUACCGAGAAACCCAGAAAAUACCACAACUACACUCCUCUUCAAGUAUCCCUUGUGGAUGUUUACCAAGAGAUAUGCAACACUGAGAAGAUCUCACCCCCUCGCCCGAUUAAACACAAGAGAAGAGGAAGUCAGCAGGAGUAUUGCGAAUACCACCAAAUCUAUGGGCAUUCUACCAAUGAGUGUUACGACUUGAAGAAUGUCAUUGAAAAGUUGGCACGAGAAGGGAGACUAGAUCGGUUCUUAACCAAUAGAACGGAUGAAUCAAAAAAGAGAAGAAGGGAUGAAGAGGUCGGACGAGUUGAACGUCCCCCUCACACCCUUGAGAGACAUAUUCACAUGAUAAACGGGGGUUUCGCAGGAGGAGGGAUCUCUAAGUCAUUCCACAAAAGAGACCUCAAAGAGGUUUAUCGCGUCGGAGAAGGGGACAGGUCACUCGACUUCCCCACUAUUACCUUCACUCAAGAGGACGCUGCAGGCAUCAUACUGGGGCGUGACGACCCCAUGGUCAUUACCAUCAUACUCGCCAAUGCCAAUCUCCACCGAACGUUGGUAGAUCAAGAAAGCUCUGCAGAUAUCCUAUUCAAAUCCGCCUUCGACAAGCUCGGCCUAUAA